GUCGUGAGCCGUGGAGAGAUUGUCGACUUGUCACCAGUCGCAGAUCAUCUUGGGGUUUGUUUGACGAUGCAGCAGCCUUAGACAGCGCGCGGCAGCUUCAGCACCAGUCUCCACAGACCAAGCAAAGGAGCACGGCAGUCGAGGGUCAAGUUCGAUCAGCCACACCAGCGCCAAGAGCAGACUCAGGUGUCCCAGCGAUCGUUGUUUCUAUGCAUCACUACCAAGCGAGAGCCUCAACACGCUCCAUAUGAGAGACUCUACUUGUGAGCAAGCAUGAAGAUGGCCAACUCCCAGCGUCAGAUACUUGCUGCUGCAGCCUCGAAUAUCGCCUCUUCAUCAAGCACUGUGAAGCAAAGACGAGCGUCAUCGUUGCUCGAAGCAAAGGGUGUUUCGCGAGACAUGCUCGAUACAUGGCGUCGCAUGCUCCUGAAAGACCUCAUGCCCGACCUUCCUCUCACGAGGAUGGGCUAUUCGAUCGGUCACCACGUCAUGAAACGCAUUCAAGCAAGAAUCGCCCCGGCCUCCAGAUGGGAUCAAUGUCACAUCAGAUACGACCUUGCCGAUCUGGCCCUGUACAAGCUCCGAGAGAGCACAAAGGCUGGCGAGCGCUACGUCGUUCUGGACGAACAGCUCGACGACUUGCCAGCAUGGCUUCUCGAAGCGUCUCAUAGCGCUAAUAACAACUUCAGAUGCCUGAGAAACGAUUGCACACAGCUCGUGCCGGCGGAAUGCGGUUCACGUCUAUGUGAGUCUCACUGCACGUCUGCGGACCGCUCAGCAUCAGCUUUCGAGAUCGAACAUAUUUGCAUGGCUCAUCAGCAGUGAUGAGAGUACAAAGGAUGCAUCCAAUUUCGGCAGCAUUCAGAGUGUCCUCACAUAGAUCACGUGACGUUCAUCAACGCGGUGCAGAUUUCUCGCGAGCAAUAAUAAUGUGACAAUAUCUGUACACUGGGCACGCAUAAAACGCGCGCUCCUCAUCUUUCCACACUCAACUCGGCUUGAUUCGACUCGAUUCGAUACGACAAGUCAUUCAGUGCUGGGCUGACGCCGAGGUAGUAGUGAGAAGCUUGGAAGGCCUGUGGGUCGUCAGACUAGGCAUCUGGUCUGUCAACCCGACCCGACUCGGCUCGACUCGACUCGACAAAUGAGCCGGUGCCGGCCCGUCGCCCAGGUCCUAGGGGAGAACGGAGGGCCUGGUGUCCACGAAGCUGCGCAGCUGGUCUGGCAAACGGCACGAUAAGUCAAACAGCGCUAGGCCGAUGCCGGGGUAGUAGUGAGAGUGGUAGGCCUG